CUCAAGCGUCGAGAUGAUAUAGAUCGUGCGAGAAAACGCGAUACAAUAAUAGCGUCAAUUAAAAACAAAGUGAAAACGACAUUUCUACACAUAAAAUGCAGCAGCCACCGAGAUUUCCGACCCAGGGACAACCGAUGAGACCCUACACUCAGGCUGGAUAUUCUCCCGGCCCCCCACGCCCCGGCUUCUCCCCGGGCCCAGGACAUCCAGCCAUGGGACCUCGGAUGGGAAUGUCGGGCACCCCCCACCCACCCCCACCAGGCAUGGCACCCAUGUAUGCAGGUCCAAGCAAGUCCAAAGAUUCAGGGAUGGGACGCCCUGGGUCUGGGAUGCCUCCCCCACCCAUGGGUACGCCGGGCAUGGACAGGAAGAGACCCUCAGACUCCAAGUCAGCACACAAGAUGGCAAAGAAAAAGAAAAUGCUUGCAGAUAAGAUCCUCCCACAACGUGUUCGAGACCUGGUGCCUGAGUCCCAGGCGUACAUGGACCUGCUCGCGUUCGAGAGGAAGCUUGAUGCCACGAUCACACGCAAGCGUCUCGACAUCCAGGAGGCUCUCAAACGUCCCAUGAAGCAAAAGCGUAAGCUGCGUAUAUUCAUCUCCAACACGUUCUACCCGUCCAAGGUGGGGGAGGGGGAGGGGGAGGAGGACACUGUACCAUCCUGGGAGCUCCGUGUAGAGGGACGCCUGCUGGAUGAUACGGUCAGCUCUAAAGUGCAGGACGCCAACAAACUGAAGAGGAAGUUCUCGUCAUUCUUCAAGAGCCUGGUGAUUGAACUGGACAAGGAACUCUAUGGACCUGAUAAUCACCUCGUGGAGUGGCAUCGUACUGCUAACACCCAGGAGACAGACGGCUUCCAAGUGAAGCGUCCCGGUGAUCAGAACGUGAGAUGCACUGUGCUGUUGAUGCUGGACUAUCAGCCUGCGCAGUUCAAGCUGGACCCACGGCUAGCCCGGUUGCUGGGCGUGCACACUCAGACAAGGCCUGUCAUCAUCAACGCCCUCUGGCAGUACAUCAAGACCCACAAGCUGCAGGACUCGCAUGAACGCGAGUACAUCAACUGUGACCGAUAUCUAGAACAGAUAUUCGAGUGCAAGCGUAUGAAGUUUGCGGAGAUUCCCGGUAAACUUCACACCCUGCUCAUGCCUCCCGACCCAAUCGUAAUCAAUCAUGUGAUCACUGUGGAGGGGCCAGACGCGCGCAAGACCGCCUGCUACGAUAUCGAUGUGGAGGUGGAUGACACUUUGAAGCAACAGAUGAACUCAUUCCUGCUGUCCACACAAAGCCAGAAUGAGAUUGCUUCCCUUGACAAUAAGAUCCACGAGACUGUGGAGACCAUCAACCAGUUGAAGACAAACCGUGAGUUCUUCCUGAGCUUCUCCAAGGACCCACAGGAGUUCAUCAACAACUGGCUCAUCUCUCAGACCCGUGACCUCAAGACGAUGACAGAUGUUGCAGGCAACCCAGAGGAGGAGAGGCACGCCCAGUACUACAUGAGACCGUGGUCCCAGGAGGCUGUGUGCAGAUACUUCUACAGCAAGGUUCAGCAACGACGAAUGGAAUUGGAACAAGCCCUUGGCAUCAGGAACACCUAGAUGUGGACCUGCUUUACUUGACCUUGACACUCGGUGCUGAGCAUAUGGGUGUCCACCUUACAAAGAGCUCACACUUAGGCCUCGGUCUGGGAAAACAGGGUUUAAUGCAUGUGCUAAAAAUGUCGUCUCUGAUCAGUCUAUGCGGACUGCACAGGCUAAUCUGCAACGACACUUUACACACAUGCAUUAAGCCCAGUUUUCUCAGAACGCGACUUAUUAAAUCUUGAUUGGCUGCCCAACAUGACACUUAAGACUUCGUGAAAAUUUAGCAUAUCUUGGCAGAAUGUUGACCAUAAGAAGAUGAUCUCCAUGAAUACAUUAUCAUUAUUACGGGAGACUGCCUGUAUUAUUAUUAUCAUGUGUGAAGGUUUUUUAGGACUUUUGCUUUAAAUCUUAUGCUCUGACAUUAAAUAGUACUGUUUUAUUGUGACACUUAAAAAGUACUGCUAUUUUGUGACAUGUGAAUAGUGGUGUUAUUUUGUGACACUUGAUUAGUACAUUUAUAGUGUGACACUUAAAUAGUAGUGUUAAUGAUUUGCGAUACUUGGUAACUUUUGAAACUUGUUAUUUCAACAAUUCACUAUUGUGUUCCUUUGGAUUUUGUGACAUGACUAAAUAAAUGUAUUGUAUGAUGUAUUUCGAUGUUGUAAAUGGUAAAAUAAACUAGUUUACCUUU